AUGCAAAAGAUUCCCUAUGCGUCAGCUGUCGGGAGUCUAAUGUAUGCUCAAGUUUGUACACGUCCGGAUAUAGCAUUCAUUGUUGGCAUGUUAGGCAGAUAUUUAAACAACCCUGGCAUGGAUCAUUGGAAAGCAGCAAAACAGGUUAUGAGAUACUUGCAGAGAACAAAAGAUUACAUGCUCACAUAUAGGAGAUCGGAUCAAUUGGAGAUCAUAGGGUAUUCCGACUCUGAUUUUGCCGGAUGCCAAGACAGUAGAAGCUCCACUUCAGGCUACAUUUAUCUACUAGCUGGAGGAGCCAUUUCUUGGAGGAGUGCCAAGCAAACACUCAUAGCAUCUUCCACCAUGGAAGCAGAAUUCAUGGCGUGUUAUGAGGCAUCCAACCAUGGAAUAUGGCUGCGAAAUUUUGUCACUAGGCUACGCAUUUUGGAUGGUAUAGAAAGACCACUUAAGUUAUAUUAUAAUAAUAAAUCAGCAGUUCUGUAUUCCAAUAACAGUAAGAGCUCAUCUAAGUCUAAGCAUAUUGACAUAAAGUUGCUAGUUGUGAAGGAAAGAGUGCAGAGUGAACAGAUUUCCAUAGAACACAUUAGGACAAACUCCAUGAUUGCGAAUCCGCUUACCAAAGGAUUACCACCUAAGAUCUUUCAUGAGCACACUGUUCAUAUGGGUGUUGUAUUGUGUGAGGAUAUCAUGUUUUAG